AUGGCGCUGGACGAUCAACAGCGGGCCAUCAUAUUCCAGCACGCCAAUCGCCUUCUAAGCACGCGAGACUACCCAAAAACAAUAUGUCCUUCCGAAAUCGCCCGCGCAUUCUCGUCUUUGGAGCUGGAGACGUUGGAGGCGCCGGAUUGGCGAGCAACUAUGGACGACAUUCGUGGACUGGUGUGGGAACUCAGGGAGGCGGGUGAGAUUGAGGUGAUGCAGAAGGGUGAGGUGCUUGAAGUGGAAAGACUGGAGGACAUCAAGGGACCGAUUAGAGUGAGAAAGGUGCACACAUGA